CCUCCUUCCCGUAGCACCGUAGUGGGUGGCGGAAGAGGAAUAAAAAACAAGGGGGAAAACGGCAAGGGGCGGCUCAUGCAUGGCGCUGCCUCCCUAGCCUAGCCCCCCCCCCCCCCCAACCUCAUCACCGAGGAGAGAGAGAGGGAGCUCCAUUUCAGCGUCUUCUCGGCAGUCCUCCCUCCCCACAUGGCCCACCCCGCCGACCCGAUGCAGGUCGACCAGACGCCUCAAGCCGCCGCCGCGGACGGCAAGCAUGGUGGUUCUCUUAUUGAAGGGAGUGAUCCAGUCACUGGUCACAUAAUCUCCACAACGAUUGGAGGGAAGAAUGGAGAACCUAAAAGGACCAUCAGCUACAUGGCAGAGAGAGUUGUGGGAACUGGAUCAUUCGGAAUUGUCUUCCAGGCAAAAUGUCUGGAGACUGGUGAGACUGUUGCAAUUAAGAAGGUUUUACAGGACAAGCGUUACAAGAAUAGAGAGUUGCAAAUAAUGCGAUCCAUGGAUCAUUGCAAUGUCGUUUCCUUGAAGCAUUGCUUCUUCUCCACCACCAGCAGAGACGAACUUUUCCUUAAUUUGGUGAUGGAAUUCGUUCCUGAGUCGCUAUAUCGUGUGUUGAAACAUUAUAGCAACAUGAACCAGAGGAUUCCACUUAUAUAUGUCAAACUGUACACUUACCAGAUAUUUCGUGGUUUAGCCUAUAUUCAUACUGUACCUGGAGUUUGCCAUAGGGACAUGAAACCUCAGAAUCUUUUGGUUGAUCCUCUGACUCAUCAAGUCAAGAUUUGUGAUUUUGGGAGUGCCAAAAUGUUGGUUAAAGGUGAAGCAAACAUAUCAUAUAUUUGCUCACGUUAUUACCGUGCUCCAGAGCUCAUAUUUGGGGCAACUGAGUACACAACAUCAAUUGAUAUAUGGUCAGCUGGAUGUGUUCUUGCUGAGCUGCUUCUUGGCCAGCCUCUCUUUCCUGGUGAAAGUGCUGUGGAUCAGCUUGUUGAGAUAAUAAAGGUUCUUGGUACUCCAACACGCGAGGAAAUCCGAUGUAUGAAUCCCAACUACACAGAAUUUAGAUUUCCUCAGAUCAAAGCCCAUCCAUGGCACAAGAUUUUCCACAAGCGAAUGCCUCCGGAAGCUAUAGAUCUUGCAUCACGUCUUCUACAGUAUUCACCAAAUUUGCGAUGCACUGCUCUUGAAGCAUGUGCACAUCCGUUUUUUGAUGAGUUGCGAGAACCCCAUGCAAGGUUGCCAAAUGGACGACCUUUCCCUCCACUGUUCAACUUUAAACAGGAACUAGCAAAUGCUUCCCCAGUGCUCAUCAACAGGUUGAUACCAGACCAUGCUAAGCGACAUCAUGGGCUCAAUUUCUUGCCCGCAACUGGACCAUAGGGAAGGCUGUAUGGUGUUUCACUUUGUGCUGCCGAUGCUUCCUUGCGCGGAAGGGCGACUUGCAUGCUCUCACAUUUAAGAUGUAGAAUCUGACCAUUAUUGGAAAGCCAAACAUGAGGUGGCGCCAGCGUGUUACAUAAAGGGAGGCGGCAUGUUCGCGCAGCCAGCCCUUCUUACUUUUUUUAGCACUCCAACUAUAUUACGAGGAGGCCAUGGUGAUCAGGAUUAGCCAAGAACUAUGUGAAUAGCGGGAGGGAAGGGGAUGGUGUAUUGUUAAGCUAUUGAUGGAAUGAAAACCCAACUAUUGUACUUUCUCCAAUGUUUAAUGUUGUAGCGCGCCUGUAAGUGUUCCAUAUCCCCUAUUGUCAGUCAAUGCAAUUGUGUAAAUGUUAUUGAUGCAAAAUUAUAUCGUGUUAUGGUGAUGCUCGACUUGUUUA